CCACAGAGGGGAGGGGGCGCCCGGAGAAAACUCCCAAGAAUUUAAGCCUGUGAAACAAUCACUUGGGCCUUUGUGCAUUCGUGACUUCUCGCCGUCUCCAAAGUAAAACUUUUCUGUGAUGUGGCUACUUAAAAUCAUUAGUGUCUUGGUUUGUUUUGCCCCUUCCUAUCAACAAUUCCCCCGUCUGUGUGCCACCCGGGAGGCCUUGCGCGCAAAGGAGUGCUGCCCGGCGUGGGAAGGGGACGGUUCGCCCUGCGGAGCCAGCUCGGGUCGAGGCUCCUGUCAGGAUGUUGAGGUGCCGGACCGGUCGGACGGACCGCAGUACCCCUUUUCCGGGCUGGACGACAGAGAGAAGUGGCCCCUGGUUUUCUACAACCGGACUUGCCAGUGUGCAGGGAACUUCAUGGGUUUCAACUGCGCGGAUUGUAAGUUUGGCUUCUUCGGGGUGAACUGCAAUGAGAGGAGAGAGUCUCUCAGGAGGAACAUAUUUCACCUGUCCCGAGCCGAGAGGAUCCGUCUCGUGUCCUAUCUGAACUUGGCCAAGCAGACAGUCAGCCGAGACUACGUUGUGGCCACCGGGACCUACCAGGAGAUGGAAAACGGCACCAACCCGAUGUUCGCAGAUGUGUCUACAUAUGAUGUCUUUGUGUGGAUGCAUUACUACGUGUCCCGGGCCGCGCUGCUCGGCGGGCCCGGGAAUGUGUGGACCGAUGUGGACUUCGCCCACUGGGCCCCUGCGUUUCUCCCGUGGCACCGCGCGUACCUGCUGCACUGGGAGCAUGAGAUCAGGAAGCUGACCAGGGACAUGAGCUUCACCAUCCCAUACUGGGACUGGAGGGAUGCUCAGGGGUGUGACGUGUGCACGGACGAGCUGAUGGGGGCCCGGAGCCCUCAGGAUCCCAGUCUCCUCAGCCCAGGCUCGGUCUUCUCUUCUUGGAGGGUACUGUGCUCUCAAGCAGAGGACUACAGUAACAGGGGUGUGUUAUGUGAUGCAGAGGAGGAAGGCCCGUUGCGUCGUAACCCUGGAAACCACAACCGUAAUGUGGUUGAGCGAUUACCAACUUCGGCAGAGGUGGAGUUCACUCUCAGUCUGCCCAACUAUGACACUGGAGCCAUGGACCGCGGUGCCAACAUGAGCUUCAGGAACACUCUGGAAGGAUUCGGAGAUCCUCAGACUGGAUUGGGCAACAGUUCUCGUAUGGGCAUGCACGCUGCUCUCCAUGUGUACAUGAAUGGGUCCAUGUCCUCCGUGCAGGGAUCAGCUAAUGACCCCAUAUUCCUUCUCCACCAUGCUUUUGUCGACAGCAUUUAUGAGCAGUGGCUGAGGAGGCACAGACCAUUGCUGUCACAGUAUCCAGACUCUGAUGCUCCUAUAGGGCACAACAGCGAAUACCACAUGGUGCCCUUCCUGCCGCUCCAUAGAAACAGAGAAUUCUUCACCUCCAGCAAGGACCUGGGAUAUGAAUAUACGUAUCUGCUAGAUGCUAACCAGAGGCUAGCAGAAUCUAUGCAUCCUUACCUGGAGGAACUGCAGGAUGUGUGGCCCUGGUUGCUGCUCGCAGCACUCUGUGGUGGUAUUGUGGCGGUGACCAUAGCUGCUGGCAUCCUGGCUGCAAGACGGCGAUAUGGAGAGGCAACUUGGCUGCACGUGAGCAAAUGGAAAAACUUAUUUGCUCUCCCAGAGAGACAGCCACUUAUCUGGAGCAGUGACGCAGAGGAAACCAAACACCGUAACUACCAAACAACUAUGUGAAGGCACAGCCAACCCUGCAUAUUAAUGCACUUACCUGUGAAUUUUAACAUCAAAGCAUUCUGAAUUAUACAUUAUAUCAACUAUCUGUAAUAAAUCUAUAAUCUAUUAUUGGCAUUGUAUUUAAAUUGUAUUAAGAGUAAAGAACAGUUUGAUAUGGGCUAAGAGGUAUGUUAAAGUUAAACUUUCCACCCAAAAUGUAUAAACUUGGCUUAUUUCAGACAUGCUCAACAUUUAUGGGUCUGUCAUGAAAAUGCUCCAUAGUGCCGUUUCACAUAGUUUUGGAUAAUUACCUUAAAAAAUGAGGUUCUGCAUUAUGUUGCAUCAGUCAUGUAUGUAGGCAUUUAUCAUGAAAAAAAUCCAGCAUGAUCCAACUGCCAUUUAAAGUAACUCUUCAGACAAAUUCACAAAAGCCU